UUUUUAUUUAAUUGUAUAUAGCCCUUGUCAUAUUCUAAUAUAAUUAACCAUUAUGGAUUUCUCAAGAUUUAAUCAAGCUGAACAAGCUCAAAUUGCUGCUAUGAUUGAGCAUAAACAGAUGAAGGAUUUUAUGAGACUCUAUAGCAGCUUGGUUCAACGCUGUUUUGAUGACUGUGCUAAUGACUUUACAAGUAAAUCUUUGAAUGGAAAGGAGGAAAGUUGUGUUAAUAAAUGCGCUGAUAAGUUUUUGAAACACUCUGAGAGAGUAGGUUCUCGUUUUGCUGAACUUAGUCAAAAUAUGGCUCCCCCUGGACAAUAACAUAUGAAUAUGUAUAUUUUAUAGA